UUGUUACAAAAACAAAGAUAUCAUGUCUCCUAAUAAACUCAAUUCUCUAGCCAUUCUCUUUGGCCUUAUUGCAGCCUUAGCAUCCACAAAUUUGUUGACUCCAAACAUCACGAAGCACCUUGUCGAUUUUGUCCCUUCGUCUCUUUGCUCCAUUCCAUUUCUCGUCACUUCUUUAAUUAGGCACAGCCAUCGCCACGGCCACCACCAUCAUACAGACGAAGACAAGCCUGGCAACAAGACCAACAUAUGUGACAAUUUCCCACCCGAUUUCCCCCCUCCUGACACCAACACAACGUCGUUUUUCUGCGUGGAUCGUAACGGAUGUUGCAAUUUUACCACUGUCCAAGCAGCUGUGGACGCGGUUGGUGUCAUGAGCCCCAAAAGGAACAUAAUUUGGAUUAACAAUGGGGUUUACUUUGAGAAAGUAACGAUUCCAAAAACAAAACCUAACAUCACAUUUCAAGGGCAAGGCUAUACAUCAACCGCAAUCGUGUGGAACGACACUGCCAACUCCGCACAUGGCACCUUCUACAGUGGCUCUGUUCAAAUCUUCGCCCCCAACUUUAUCGCGAAAAACAUAAGUUUCAUGAACGCGGCUCCAAUGCCCGAGCCAGGAGCGGUCGGAGCGCAAGCAGUGGCCAUCAGAAUCGCGGGAGACCAAGCGGCCUUCUGGGGGUGCGGGUUCUUCGGAGCCCAGGACACGCUCCACGACGACAGGGGCCGCCAUUACUUCCGAGACUGCUACGUCCAAGGCUCGAUCGACUUCAUCUUCGGCAACGCCAAAUCCAUGUAUCACAACUGCCACUUAGUCUCGAUAGCGAGCCCGGUCGCGGAGGGCACCAAAGGGAUAAACGGAGCCGUGACGGCGCAGGGCCGCGCCUCCAAGGACGAAAACAGCGGCUUUGCGUUCGUCAACUGCAGCAUCGGCGGCACGGGCAGGAUCUGGCUCGGCCGGGCCUGGCGCCCGUUCUCCACCGUCGUCUUCGCCUUCACGACGAUGUCGGAUAUCAUCGCGCCGGAGGGGUGGAACGACUUCAACGACCCUGCUAGAGAUCAGUUAGUCCCAAUAUUAACUACGAGAAAAAAUUCCCUAGUCCAUCCACACCACAUGGCAAUCUUAUUUGGUAUGCCUAACUAA